CAGAUUUAUUGAAAUGAGCGAUGAACGUCUUGGUAAAUAAAGGUUUAAUUCAAGUAGCUACGAGUUGCAUAUGAACUUGAAAAGAUGACAGAGGGAACGUGUUUGCGUAGAAGGGGAGGACCAUAUAAGACUGAGCCUGUGACGAAUCUCAGGCGUUGGAGGUUGAGUAAUGUAGAAGGCAGACAGACCUGGCGGUAUAUAGUGGAUUCAGAGAGCAUCGACAGACAGCAGAACAUGCUUGAAUGUCAUUCCCUGGGACUGGACACGUCUGAGUUUAUCUCUGAGUCUCCUCCUGCACAUACUGCAGUAGACGCUGCACUAAAGGGAAUGGAUUUCUUCAGCCGUCUGCAGACUGAAGAUGGCCAUUGGGCUGGAGAUUAUGGUGGACCACUUUUCUUACUACCAGGUCUGCUUAUAACAUGCCACAUCGCAAAGAUCCCUCUUCCAGAAGCAUGGAAACAGGAGAUGGUCAGAUACCUGCGUUCUGUACAACUGCCUGAUGGAGGCUGGGGCCUGCACGUUGAGGAUAAAUCCACUGUUUUUGGAACAGCUUUGAAUUAUACCAGCAUGAGAAUUCUAGGAGUUGGUCCUGAUGAUCCAGAUUUGGUCCGGGCAAGGAAUAAUUUACACAGCAAAGGGGGUGCAGUCUGUAUACCAUCCUGGGGUAAAUUUUGGUUGGCUAUCCUGAACGUAUACAGCUGGGAAGGAAUAAAUACACUCGUUCCAGAAAUGUGGUUAUUGCCUACCUGGAUGCCAGCACAUCCUUCUACCUUAUGGUGCCAUUGUCGGCAGGUCUAUCUGCCUAUGAGUUACUGCUAUGCAGUCAGACUGUGUGCUGAUGAAGAUGAUCUGGUGCUCAGUUUAAGACAGGAGUUGUAUGUUCAGGAUUACUCGACUAUUAACUGGCCAGCUCAGAGGAAUAAUGUAGCAGCCUGUGACUUGUAUACACCACACAGCACCUUGCUUACAGUUGCUUAUUUGAUGCUGAAUGCGUAUGAAGCUCAUCACAGCACAACACUGAGAGAAAAAGCAGGGAAGGAGCUCUAUGACCAUAUCAAAGCAGACGAUCGCUUCACUAAGUGUAUAAGCAUCGGCCCGAUUUCAAAAACUAUCAAUAUGUUGGUCCGCUGGUAUGUGGAAGGACCCACCUCACCUGCCUUCCAGGAGCAUGUGUCUAGGAUUCCAGACUACUUAUGGCUAGGUUUGGAUGGAAUGAAAAUGCAGGGGACUAAUGGAUCACAGCUAUGGGACACUGCCUUUACAGUGCAAGCAUAUCUUGAGGCAGGUGCCCAAAAUGUUCCCAGGUUUACGGAGUGUCUCAGACAAGCACAUCAUUUCUUUGACGUGACUCAGGUUAAAGAAAAUCCUCCAGAAUAUCAAAAAUACUAUAGGCAAAUGAACAAGGGAGGCUUUCCCUUCAGCACACGUGACUGUGGUUGGAUUGUUGCGGACUGUACAGCAGAGGGGCUGAAAUCUGUGAUGUUACUACAGGAGCAAUGCAGUUUCCUUAAAAAACUAAUUCCUAAAGAAAGACUCUUUGAUGCUGUCAAUGUGCUGCUAAGCAUGAGAAAUCCUGAUGGAGGGUUUGCAACGUAUGAGAGAAAGCGUGGAGGAAGACUGCUGGAGCUGCUAAACCCAUCUGAAGUUUUCGGUGACAUAAUGAUUGACUACACGUAUGUUGAGUGCACUUCAGCUGUAAUGCAGGCACUGAAACACUUCCACAAAGUAUAUCCUGAACACAGAGCUGAGGAGAUUAGGACAACUCUUCAGGAGGGGCUGGAUUUCUGCAGGAGGAUUCAAAGACAUGAUGGCUCAUGGGAAGGAUCUUGGGGAGUCUGUUUCACAUAUGGUGUCUGGUUUGGUCUGGAGGCAUUCGCAUGUAUGGGCCACACUUUUCAGAAUGGAUCUGUUUGUGUGGAGGUGAAGCAUGCAUGUGACUUCCUGCUGUCUAAGCAAAUGGAGGAUGGAGGUUGGGGGGAAGACUUUGAGUCAUGUGAGCAGCGACGCUACAUUCAAAGUAAAAACUCCCAGAUCCACAACACCUGCUGGGCUCUGAUGGCAUUGAUGGCUGUCGGGUAUCCUGAUGUCAGAGUAAUUGAGAGGGGUAUUCAGGUAUUGAUUGAUAAGCAGCUUUCCAAUGGAGACUGGCCCCAAGAGAAUAUUUCUGGAGUGUUUAAUAAAAGCUGUGCCAUCAGCUACACCACUUACAGGAAUGUUUUUCCUGUGUGGACACUCGGACGUUUCUCACGACUUUACCCCUGCAAUUCUCUGACUGGAAAGCUCAAGCUGUGAAUCUGAUGUUGUCGUAUCUGUGCUCCAAAUGAGCAGUAGUUGACUGUGCCUGAUCAAAGACAAUUCGUCUUUAAAACAAACCUGUUUGCUGCUCAUUAAAAAAGUAGGGAUUAUUGUCUAUAGAAGUCUAUAGAAUAUCUAAUAUCAAAGUCUAUAAAGUCUAUUAAUUUUUGUCUUCAUGUAAACAUUGAAAGAAGGCAUUACAUUUUGUAGAUAAUGUGAUUUUCAGUACUCUUCUAAUAAACAAUUUUAUAACAGUUUUGUGAUACAAUUCUUGGCUUUUAUGGCUAAGGUUUGCCAGUCCAUUUAAAUAAUGAAAAAAUAAAAUGUCCAUGUUUUAAUAAGG